AUGGCUUCAGAAACAGCUCACAAUGGCGCGCACAAACCCUCGCUGGUGCACGGCAAACAGGCCGCCCACCAGGAACAAUCCAUGACUUUAUGGCAGGCCAUUCGUCUAUACCCCAAGGCCGUCGGCUGGUCGGUACUUCUGUCGUCCACUUUGAUCAUGGAAGGCUACGACCUGGCUCUACUCGGAUCGAUGUACGCCUCGCCAGCAUUCAAUCAAAAGUUCGGCAAUCUUGCUCCCGACGGUUCAUGGACCGUACCAGCUUCCUGGCAAUCAGCUCUCUCCAACGGGGCUCGUGUCGGCGAAGUGAUCGGUUUGCUGAUCAACGGUCUCGUCUCGGAGCGACUGGGAUACCGAUGGACGAUGGUAUCCGCUCUGAUGGCCAUGAACGGCGUCAUCUUCAUCUUCUUCUUCGCAGCAAACAUCCAAAUGCUGCUGGCCGCCGAGAUCCUCGCCGGUAUACCUUGGGGCAUAUUCCAAACACUACCGGCGGCUUAUGCAUCGGAAGUAUGUCCGGUCAUCUUGCGUCCCUACCUGACGACCUUCAUCAACAUGUGCUGGGUCAUCGGACAAUUCGUCGCCGUGGGAGUUAAUCGAGGAUCUAUGCAACGGCUGGACGAGUGGGCAUACCGCAUCCCCUUCGCCGUGCAGUGGGCCUGGCCGUUGCCGAUUCUUCUCGGCUGCUUGUUCGCCCCCGAGUCUCCCUGGUGGCAUGUUCGACGCGGUCAGAUUGACGGGGCCAAGAAGGCCCUGCGACGCUUGACCUCCCGCAAUGAUCCGUCCUUCGACGUCGACGCCACCAUCGCCAUGAUCCAACAUACCAACGAGCUGGAGAAAAGCGUGACCGAAGGCACCCGGUAUACCGACUGCUUUCGCGGGGUGAACCUGCGACGCACCGAGGUCGUCUGCGGCGUGUGGCUGGUGCAGACCCUCUGCGGGCAGAACCUGAUGGGAUACUUUGCCUAUUUCUGCGUGCAGGCCGGACUGCCGCCCGUGCAUUCAUUCAACUUAUCGCUGGCACAAUACGGCCUCGGCGUGCUCGGUACAUUAGGCUCAUGGUUUCUGAUGUCCGUCGCUGGCAGACGCACUCUCCAUCUAGCCGGACUGUCCGGCCUCGCGAUACUCUUACUCAUCACUGGAAGCUUAUCAUUUGCACCGGAGGCCAACAGCGCAGCGAAAUGGGCCGUCGGAGCGAUGCUAAUCGUCUUCACGGUCUGCUACGACCUGACCAUCGGACCGGUGACCUAUUCCUUAGUAUCCGAACUAUCCUCGACGCGACUCAAGGCGAAAACCAUCGUUCUGGCGCGCGUGGGAUACAACGUCAGCAACAUCGUAGUGAACGUGUUGACGAACUACCAGCUCAACACGACUGCCUGGGACUGGGGCGCUCGAUGCGCCUAUUUCUGGGCAGGCACCUGCGCCGUCUGUCUGUGUUGGUCGUUCUUUCGCGUCCCCGAGCCUAAGGGGCGCACUUACGAGGAGCUCGACGUCUUGUUUACACAGCGGGUGUCGGCGCGCAAGUUUGCUGAGACGACGGUGGAUCCGUACGAGGGGAUGGAGGUGGAGGUGCGAGAGGAUCACGGCAAGGGUCAAACGUGA